AUCCGGAAACUACUAAACAAGGAUAACAAACAUGGCGUCCACCGCUGCGACCCGAGCGGCCAGCGGCGCAGUUAAAGUUGUGAAACCAAUUUUCAGUCGAGACAUCAAUGAGGCAAAACGAAGGGUUCGUGAUUUAUAUCGGGCAUGGUAUCGUGAGGCACCAAAUACAGUUACUUUGUACCAGUUGGACAUUUCCACCGCCCAGGCUAGGGAUAAGGUGAGGGAGAUGUUCAACAAGAACAAACACAUCACAGAUCCUCGAGUCAUUGACAUGCUUGUAAUCAAGGGUAAGAUGGAGCUGGAGGAGACCAUCCACGUCUGGAAGCAGAAGACCCACGUGAUGCGCUACUUCAGCGAGACUGAGACGCCUCGCCCCACAGAUUUCCUGUCGAAAUUUUACCAGGGUCACGACCCUUAAAUUGACCUCCUCUCCCACCACGCUAGCUUCUGUUCCUCCGAGUCUACAGCCAGAGACGCUGUGUGUUCUGUAACAUUUUGAACUGUAAAUACACUUAUGGUGAUCCAUUUCUUUGUCAUGUGCUUUUGUUUGACAGUGUGAUUGGACAGAUUUUGAUUUAGACAGAGUAAACUAGGUGAUGAUACAAUCACCUAGAGCCCGAUUGGCUCCUAAUUUGGCAAUGUAACAAUCAUUUAAAGUUGUCUGCUGAUACAAUAUCUAGUUGAAGUCGAAACAUCUGUUGGCUUAAAGAUACCCAUCUUCUUCUGUCCAUAGUCCUCUUUCUGUCAUGUCUGGCAAAUGGCAUUAAAUCUUCAAAAGCUG